GUCUUUAUAAAAGGAUGCAUAAUCUAAUUUGAACAGUUGCCUCGGGAAAAGAUGUCAACACUGAAGCAUUUUCUUACAGAAAAUGGAUGACGACGAUUCGAUCGUCAUUGUCGGCGUCGGAUGUAAGUUUCCCGGCGCAGACAACCUUGAUGAAUUUUGGCGCGUGCUUAGCGAGGGAGAGAAUCACGUAAUUGAGAUUCCUCCCGAGAGAUGGAAUCUGGACGCCUUUUAUCAUGAAGAUGCAAAUGAGCCUGGGAAGACAUACGUCCGACAUGCAGGACUAAUAAAAAGAUUCGAUGAAUGGGACAACAAGCUGUUUGGCGUUAGCGAAGUGGAAGCCGCCCAGAUGGACCCCCAGCAGCGUUUUGUGUUGGAUUGUGUGCACAUGGCAAUGGAGGAUGGUGGUAUCACCAAGAAGGAUUUGAACGGGUCCAACACAGGGGUAUACAUAGGUAUGAUGAAUGAUGACUAUAAGGGUGGCACUGGCACUGAUCUGAAAACGAUGAAUAACUACAGCCUAACAGGGACGUCACCAAGCAUCGCGUCGGCAAGAGUAUCCUACACGUACAACCUGCUGGGACCCUCCAUCACCCUUGACACCGCCUGUUCCUCAGCACUGGUAGCUAUCCAUAUAGGCUCACAGGCCCUAAAGACAGGAGAAUGCAAUGCUGUCAUCUGUGGCGGUGUCAACAGUAUCCUAUACCCUGACAUAUUUGUUCCACUCAGCAAAGCCCGGAUGGUAUCACCUACUGGGCAAUGUCAGACGUUUUCUGACAAAGCUGAUGGCUACGCAAGAGGAGAGGGAUGUGGAAUUGUCAUUUUAAAAACCAAAAAGCAGGCAUUACUUGAUGGCAACAAGAUAUGGGCGUCUAUAGCAACAGCAUGCAAUCAAGACGGACGGACAAUGACACCUAUCACUGCUCCCUCCGGUCUCCAGCAACGCAAUCUCCUUCAUAAACUCUAUGCUGAUAAAGGCGUUAAUCCUGAAGACAUCUCCUAUAUUGAGGCGCAUGGAACAGGAACUCCUGUUGGUGACCCGAUAGAGGCGAAUACACUUGGAAAAUUCUUUGCUGAAAAACAGCAGGGAGGACAUUAUAGGCAAAAUGUUUUCCUUGGGUCGGUGAAGACGAACAUAGGCCACCUGGAGUCCGCUGCUGGAGUAGCCGGACUAAUCAAGGUCCUCUUGAUGAUGGAUCACGGUAAUAUUGUUCCGUCCCUACACUUUAAAAAUCCUAAUCCAAAUAUCGAAUUUGAAAAAUAUUGGUUGGUCGUUCCACAUAAUAUGACAUCAUGGCCAUGUACAGGGAUAGGAAGAGUAGCCUGUGUAAAUUCAUUUGGAUUUGGAGGAACGAACAGUCAUGCGAUCAUCAAACAACACCAUUAUACGGCUGUCAAGGAACUCAAGAGUAAAAAAGAAAAUCAUAUCGUCACUAUUUCGGGUAGUGAUAUUACGUCUCUUAAAAACAACUUAUUCCAUCUGAAACGAAACAUACACAAAGCGAAAUAUUGUGUAGAAGAUGUUUCGUAUACAUCAACAUGCAGACGCGACCAUUAUCCAUACCGUGUUGCAUUGCAAGCAUGCACAAAAGAAGACGUUGAAAGAGGGUGCGACGAGCAACUACAUACACUUACAUCACUGAAACCAACAGGUUUUUCCAGACCGAAUGUAAUCUUUGUAUUCUGUGGCGUCGGCACGACAUGGACAGGGAUGUGUCAGGAACUACUGAAGAAAGAACAUAUAUUCAAAGACACAGUCAAAAGCAUAGACAAUAUCCUGACGCCCUUAGCUGGAUGGUCGAUACUCCAAAUGAUGACAGACGGAUUUGAUGCCCUAGAUCCUUUGAAAGGACAUCUGGCAAUUUUCACGUGUCAAGUUGCACUUACCAAGCUUUGGAACCAUUUUGGAAUAUAUCCAGAUAUCAUUGUUGGACAAUCAGUUGGGGAGGUGGCAGCGGCAUAUACAGCUGGUGUCCUGUCCCUUGCAGACGCGGUCAAGGUCAUUUACCAACGGUCGGUUAUGCUGGCAAAAGCUACUGGAGGAUCAAUGCUUGUAAUCAGUAAUUGUUACGUCGCUAUUGUAGCCAGUGUUUGCAAGAAGUACAAAGACAAAGUUAACAUUGCUGUUUACAAUAGUGCAAAAUCAUGCACACUAUCAGGGGAUACAGAUGCCAUUGAUGAAGUCAUACACGUUCUGAGAAAUGACACACGCAUCGAAGACAAAUUUCACAUUCGUCGUCUAGAUGUGCAGUGCGCCUACCAUAGUCACCACAUGGAGACUGCCAGUGAAGAAUUAGAAAUCAGCCUAACUGGACUCAAAAGAUCAGAACCUAAGUGCACUUUGAUUUCAACAGUCACGGGAGAAAAAGCAAACAAGAAGGAUUUUGCUUCUUCGGAAUAUUGGAGGAAAAACGUCAGACAGCCUGUCUUAUUCCAGCACGCGAUUACAAGGGCACAUGUAAAGACAAACUUCAAUAUUUACUUGGAAAUAGGACCAAGGCCUGUACUGCGUUUCCAUCUUGGAGAUAUAGUCGGAAACCAGAAUGCUACUUCGUUACCUUCUAUUACUGCGGGGAGAGAAUGGAAUAUGAUGCAGCUUUCCCUGAUGGAACUAUACAGACACGGUAUCGACCCACACUGGCUACAUGUUGUAGCUGAUGGCAAUCUGACAGACAUUCCAAAAUCACUAUUCAAUCUGGCAAAGUUGUUUUUCCAAUCAGAUGCAACUACUUUAAAAUACGAUGGAGUUCAAUCCACUGGUCCAAAUCAUCUUUUCGUGGAAAGAUCAGGAGGUGACGAAAUACAGUUUAAAGUUAAUAUAUCGCCAUCAACAACCUGGUUCGUGUAUCAACACGUUGUUUCCGGUACUAUCCUGGUCCCUGGUGCGUUUUAUAUCGACGUUGCUAUAGAGGUUUGUAAGGCAACAUUCAAGAACCAAAGCCAGAAAGAUAUCAGUAUCGCAGCACAAUUCAUCAAACCACUCAGUUUAAGAAAAGGGGAAGCCUGCACAGCGGAGGUAUCCGUCAAGAAGUUCCAAGACGAACUGUCCAUGAGCAUUUACAAAAACAAAGAAAUCGUCGCCGAAUGUCAAAUAUGCAAGAGAAAGAUGGCCUACCUAGACACGGUAGAUUUAGAAACGAUUCGAAAAAGAUGCAAAACAUAUCAAUCGGCCUCGCAAACCUACCAGAAUCUCAACAGACUUGGGUUUGGAUAUGGCAAGGAUUUGCAAAUUUUGAGAGACUGUGUUAAGUCUGAUGCUGAAUGUCUUGUCAAUAUGACAGUGUCCGAUUCCAUUUUCAAAGAUAUCAGCUCUACAAACUUGCAUCCCUCGAUAUUGGAUGGUCUUUUGCAAACAGUUGUGAUCUUGGAUUUAGAGGUCGACGCCGGUACUACACCUCUGCCAGGAGGGAUUGAAAGCAUUGUGAUCCGGCAAACACCAGAGAAGAACAUGGUUGUUUUUACCUCAUUGGUAUACCAAACAAAAGACAUAAUACGAUACAACGCUUUACUUUUGACAGAAGAUGGAAGAGUUGUAGCAGAGGUGAGAAACCUUUUUAUUCUUUGCAUUGGAGCUACUGAUACGGAUGAACAAGAAUGCAUGUACCAAUUACAAUGGGAGGAAAUAGAAAAGAAAGCUGUCAAAAUAGUUGAUCGUAAUGUGUCAGAUGUACCUCUCAUCUCGAUCGUAGUUUCUAGUAAACCUGACGAUGCAGAAAUACUUGGUUUGGAAAUCAAAGAGAUGUCAUUUCUUCAUAUUCCAACGUAUGACACACAUUUCGAAGACAUUCUGACAUGUCACUUACAAAAGAAUACGCAAGUUGUGCAGUCGAUUAUUUUGUCAGCUGAAAAAGAUGAAAAGCUAGAAAAACUUACCGGAGAAGAUGUCAUGCGGAGGGUGUUUCAAAAUGCUUCUACAUUGCUGCAAAUAUGUCAGCUGCUGGUGAAAAUGAAAAGGGAAAUACCGGUUCUCAUUAUUACUGAACGAACACAGUCGAUUGAUAAGUCGCACAACUGUGUGAAAAAUGUCAUAGGAUCCGAAUUAUGGGGAAUGACGAGGACGAUAGUUCUGGAGUAUCCGUUACUACUAACUUUGAUUGACAGACAUGUUUCCCUAGAGCUUUGCUGUUCCUCCAUCAGGGACCUACUUGUGUUCCAGGCUCCUCAGCUUUGCUCUGAAGCUGAAAUUUUAGUUACCGAAAGGAUUAUGUACUCUAACCGGUUGGUCAAAUUACAGGAUCAGCCGGGAGAAUAUAGAUGGAUAUCACUUGAAAAUACUGAUCAGGUUCAUGUGAAAGCAUAUAGUCCAAAUGAUAUUCAGGAGAAAUUUUGCUUACUUCAAAAUCCUGAAACAAAACUAGACAAGCUACUAAUGGAAGUCGAAACAGCUGUCUUGCAUGACUGGAAAAUGUUUCCGUUGACAUUGCAAUCUGCAGAAAAUGACAUUCCAGUAUGGAUAAAGGAAAAAGGCGAUGGAUUCGAUAUUAUCACAUUUGAGGUUUCUGGCAAACUUAUCAAACAUUCCAGUGAAAAAUCGAUAGAAGGAACGUAUGUUUCGUGCUCGAUAUUCAGCUUGCAAAGUAUAGUUGAGGUGCCAGAAGGUUGCACGAUGAGAAUUGACGACCUCCCAAAUUACAAACCAGGGCUCUUACGGAUGUCUUCUCUUCUAUGGCCGAUGAAGGAUCAUAUCCUCAAAGGGAAAACGCUCAUUCUUACUGACCAAAAUGUUUUUUCCGGUGAAGUACUACGCACGAUGCUCUCGAAACCGGUGGCAAGUCAGGUAACCAUAGCAUCUCUAGACAGUUUCCUGAAUUCUGACAGUCACCAUCACUGCAAAGCAGCUUCUACCGUUGUGAUUCUAACAACCUCAGAUAUCACGACGCUGGAAAACAUAUUGAUCAGAGUUGAGGGUGUACACACCUUAUUGUCAAUUGAUAUGUUUACGACAAAAUCCGACUGGCAGUCAGCAAAGAAGAACCACGAUGCAGUCUCAUUCAGGAUACUAAGGAGCGAGGAAAUGCUCGAUAGAAAAUUUCUCAGUGAAACAGUCCCUAAAGUUGCCCAAUGGCUUCGUAAGAAAUUGCCAAAGAUGAAAAACUCUGACGAAAACGCAACGACAGCUGCAACAGUUGUGGAUUUGAAAGAAACAAAACAGAGAAUCAAAAGAGUAAAGGUAAAGAAAAAACAACUUUUCCGGAGAAACAGUUGCUACAUAAUUAUAGGUGGCUUAACAGGUUUAGGUUGGGAAAUUGUCAAGUACCUUGCUCAGUCUGGCGCUGGACGAAUCGUCACUCUAUCAAGAUCGCAUCCAAAAAACAACACCCUCGGGAAAAUAGCAAAACUGGAAGAAACUACUUCGGCGAUUAUAAAAGCGAUUCCAGCAGACAUAACAAAUGUCAAAUCACUUCAAGAAGCUUUUGAUAUGAUCGAUUGCAUGUUUGGAAAGCAAAACGUGAAAGGAAUAUUCCACGGCGGAGCUGUUCUAGAUGACGCCUUGUUCACAAAGCAAACUCAUGUUACCCUCAGAAAGGUAUUGCUGCCUAAAGUCCUCGGGAGCUGGAAUAUCCAUACCGUUUCCAAACGAUAUGAUCUCGACUUUUUCAUUCUUCACUCCUCAAUUGCCUCCGUGUUUGGAAAUAAAGGCCAAAGUAACUACAGUGCCGGAAAUGCCUUUAUGGAUUCAAUAGCACAUUACAGAGCUACAAAUGGGCUACCUGGAUUGAGUGUCAACUGGGGACCACUAUCUGUUGGAAUGGCCACAGCCAAUGAAGAACUGGAGAAAAUUGGAUACAUGUUUCUUGGCGUCACAAAGAUCAUUGACACUCUUGAGAGAAUGAUCAUGUCAGAGGGCAAUCAAAUAAUAGCUGGUGUAUUCAAAUGGUCUUUCGUGAACAGACAAUUCUCAGAUGCGUCCCUGGACAGAAUGAGAAAACGUUUUAAAAGAGUGAUCGGUAACACAAGUAGAGGUAACAUUCAGGCAGCAACAGAGAACAGUAUCGACUUGGACAGCGAUGAGGGUAUCACAGGUUUUGUGAUAGAUGUAGCAUCACGAGUGUUUGCUGUGGGCGCCGACCUGAUGGACAGAUCUACUCCAAUAUCGCAGCUAGGAAUAGAUUCCAUGGUCGCCAUGACCUUUGUGAGUACUAUCAAUGACGCCACAACCUGUACAAUUCCAAUUGUAUUUCUCCUAUCUGAUGAAACCACCAUUGGAGAAGUAGUAAACUACAUAAAAAGAAACAAGAGGAAAGCAAGAAAUGUUGAAAACGUCGACACAGAAUCAGCAGUGACAAAUGGUCUUACAUACAUGGAGAAGAACUACUUCAAGGAUGUCGAAAAAUAUCCUGUCUUGCUACGCAGGUUCAUCUAUGUUGACUUCGAGGUGUCUGGGAGGUUUGCAGACAAAAAUCUUUGGGAAGCUAUCCUCACACAUGUUGUCAACAAGCAUCCAUCGUUGCGAACUCGAUUUAUUCCCAGCUUUGAUAACGAAGGUAAUCAAAUAUAUACCAGAAAAGUAUUACCCCAAGACGAAAUAGCACCAGAUGUGAGAGAGGUUCAAAGAGGGACCGUUAUGACCGACGAUUACAUACCCUCAGAUUUAGACAUGUAUACCUUUGAUCCGGCAUCUCAACUUCCACUAAGGCUCUUAUUCGAGAAUAAAAGCAACGGAGCUCUCAUUAGAAUCGUAUUUUCACACAUCACAUUUGACAUGACCUCUGUAAUGUUGGCCGUCGAAGAAAUGCAAUUGCUCAGUGAAUUACCAGGAAUACCACCCACAGUUGCAUCAACACCAGACAUAGUGUCAUUGGUAAACAACCGUCUCAGCCAGCAACACGCAGCUUUGACAGCAUAUUGGAAAGAAAAUAUACCUGACAACAUCACUUCAAUGUCAUUUUUGUCUUCUUACGAAAUGAAAUUGGAUGCGGAACAUGUUUCGACGAUGAACCAACCGCUUCCACAACAGCUUCUCACCAGGUUGACUCAGUUCGUUGGUAGCAACAAAAUCACCCUUUUUCAGUUGAUAGUAACAGCUUACCAAUGUCUUCUACAUUCCGUACUCGGUAUAGAAACAGUAGCAGUUCUUACCGUUGUAGACAUGAGAAUGCACUUUCCACAACUUCAAAAAGAAAUAGGGUGUCUUAUAAACACCGUGCCAUUAUUUUUGACACUCCAGUCGGAAACUCAGUUGCAAAACCUUUUGACAGAAAAUGCAAAACGAAUUCGAUCCGUCAUGGCAAACAGUUUGUUUCCUUUGGAACUACUAGAAGCAGAAGUAGCACAGAAAGUAGAUCCUGCUUCUGUAUUCAGACACAAAGUGAAUUUCAGAGACUCAGGCAAAGCAAAUUUUGACACAAAUGACGGAUCUGUCAAAGUACUGAAAGCCGUUUCACCAGGUCAUGGUCACGAAACGGUUCUAAUAGUGUGGAACGAUCGAGCGAACAAGAAAAUGCAAUUGGAGCUCGAGUACAGCACACUGGUAAUAGACGAAACAAAAGCCGGUCUUCUCUUGAAGAAUUUGGUCUUUAUACUAGAAUUCUUUAUAGAUCACCCUGUUUCCAAUGUACAGGAGAUGGCACAGACGACAGAGGUAAUGAAACUUCCCCUAGCACCAAGAAUCAACGACAAUGUGAAAACCAUGCAAAUAAAGAAAUCUGAGUCGAAAACUCAAUUUCGGCAAGAGAAACAAGCAAUCCAAUCGGGUCAGUUUGUCAAGCAAACGAGGAAAGGUUGGAAUCACACUGUCCAACUCUCAGUGUGUCGUGGGAAGGAAGGAGACUCUGUUCGAACCCUACUGCGUUGGAAUAAGCUACAUGAUAAAUACUCACGGGAGAUCGAAGCGGGAGACAUUUUGAAAGUUGAAAGGACCGUCUACAACGGAUUGGAGACGCUGCUGGUGAGAACUAAGAAAAGAUUAUACACAUUCAUGACACCUGAUCAACGAUUGUGUCAGGGUAUGGUGGACUGUUUGGUAAAGGAACUGCAACGAGUCGGGGAAGAUAAUUAAGUAUGACAUUUAAAAAAGGGACAUGGCUGAUUUUGUACUCUUUUGAACCAAUGUACUACUGAUUUACUGUUGAGAGUGUUUUUGUAAUUAACGUUAUUUAUGAAUUCAUAUUUUGUACAUGAUAAGAAUCCCAUUUUAAAGUAAACGUUUUGAGAGUAGAGCUCAUGGACAUGGUUAUUCUAGUCAUGUGAUCGUGAAAAAAACAUUUUAUAUAUAUACAAAAUAUUUGACUUAAUAUUUUACAUAUUUACGAUUUUACCUGACAAAUGUAUGACUGGUACAUGUAAACGGUUGUUACUGACAGGCUCAGAAGGUAAAAUAGGUUUUUUUCAAUCACUAAAAGAAAACAUUCACGGAUGCGAAAUUUCGGAAACCAAAGAUUAAACAAAUAUCAAAAUGUCAUGUGAUAUUGAUUCUUGCUUAAAACAAACGUUCGGUGGGAUUCGGAGGGAAAUCAUGUAAAGAUAAGAAAAAGUUCAAUAUCAAGAAAGUAGUUUAACUAAUCAUGUCAUACUCUGUGUUUUUUUCUUCAAACCUGAUCAUAUGUUCAUUUCAUUAGAGAUAAACUACUUACAAAAUGUAUUCACAUCUCUUUUAGUCGUCCAUAUUAGAAAUGAAUCACGUGGUUACAAUAUGGAAUAUUGUUAAUUCUGAGUCGUGUUCUCUUGAUAUAUUUUCAAAUCAUUGAGACACGUAUUUCAUUUUAUGAAUAAGCGUUUUUAUAGUUGCAAGGUUGCAUAUUUUUAGUGUACACUUAGCUUUACAUUUUAUUAAACUGACAGAGCUUGUUUUUGAUACCCAAUUGUCUCAUUAUAUUUCAGUUUUACAUUUUAACACAAAACGUCGUCUUUUGUUAGAAACAUACGUUUAUUAAGCUAUAACUCUUCGAAAUGCAUGAGUAUUUUUGUAAAUGAUAUCUCGGAAUUAUUAGCAUGUCUGAGUAAGUGAAAUGUCGGAGUUAUUGAUAGGUCAGAGUUAGUAAAAUAUUGGAGCUAUAUUGAUAUGUCAGAGUUAAUUGAUAUGUCAGAGUUAAAUGAUAUGUCUAAGCAAGUGAUAUGUUGGAAUUAUUGAUAUGUCAGAGUAAGUGAAAUACUGGAGUUAUUGUUAUGUUAUAUAGAAUAAGUGAUAUGUCGGAGUUAGUGAUAUGUUAGACUUAUUGAGCUGGCAUAGUAAGUGAUGUAUAGGUGUUAGUGAUACGUCGGAGUAAGUGGUAUGUCGGAGUAAGUGUUAUGUCAGAGUUAUUGGUACAUCAGCUGCGAGAUAUAUCGGAGUAAAUGAUGUGUCAAAGUAAUUGAUAUGUCGGAGUUAUUGAUAUAUCAGCCUUAGUGAUAUGUCGUAGUAAGUGAAAUAGUGGAAUUAAUUAUGUGUAGCAGUAAGUGAUAUGUCAGUCUGAGAAAUAUGUCGGAGUAAGGAGUAUGUCCUGCGUAGUGAUUUGUCGGAGUAAAUGGUAAGUCAGAGUUAUUGAUGUGUAGAAAUAUAAGUGAAAUGUCGGAGUAAAUUAUAAGUGAGAGAUAUUGAUAUGCAUGAAUAUGUGAUAUGUCGGAUUAAAUAAGUCAGAGUUAUUGAUAUAUAUGAAUAAUUGAUAUUUCGGGGAAAGUGCUAUGUCGGGGUGACUGAUAUGUCGGAGUAGUGAUAUGUCGAAGUAAGUGAUGUAUCGGAGUUAGAGAUAUGUCAGUAUUACUGAUAUGUCGGAGUAAAUUAUAUGACAUAGUUUCUGAUAUGGAGGGAUAAGUGAUAUGUAGGAAUAAGUGUUAUGUCACAGUAAGUGAUAUGUCGAGUUAAGUGAUGUAUCGGAGUUAAUGAUAAGUCAGUAUUACUGAUAUAUCGGAGUAAAUGUUAUGACAUUUUUAUACCGAGAUAAGUGAUGUAUCGGAGUAAUUUAUACUUUAUAUAUACUUUAUAAACUUUUGUUAUAACUUUCAUUUCUGAAUACAGCAUUGAUAAAGAGCUGUGUAUUUACUUUUAUCAGACAUGCUAUUUCUGAAAAAAUAUCUUUUUAACAAUUGUGUAUUAAAUUUAAUUGAAAAUGUCAUUUCUGAACAUAGCAUACAGCUAUUCCGGAUUGAUACAAGCCAAUCCUAGAAUGGUAAAUCUUUGCUACCACCUCUUUGAUGUUCGGGAUACUCCUAUGUUUGUGUACAAGACAAAAUCAGUUUCCCCUAAGAUUGCCUCAACUCAAUCAUUAUGGUUGGACCAAGUCCAUUAUUUUUCAAGGAUAAGACUUAUUUACACACCGCUGAAUCAAAGCUCUGUUGAUAUUUCUUUUAUCUACGUAACGAAGAAACAGCAGCAUGUUCCUAAAUUUAAAAGCUGCAUUAGUGCAGAUUCAAAGGAUGAAAUAAUGUCCAAAGUCUUUCAUUUUUCCAAAUUUGAUUAUUUUCAUUAACGAAUCAUAAAACAAGUAAUUAUGCAUUGGCUUCCCUUGUAUUUCUUGGUUAACAUGGAUGGUUCAUACAGAUGUAUACAAAUAUUGUCAGGUAAAUUACAGAUUAAUCUACAGAGCAAAAGCUCAUAAAAUAACUUCCAUGAACAAUACAUUUCUAUUGAUACUUCGGACGAAUAUGAAAAAAACCUCCAUAAGUGUUAGGUCUUAUAACUAGACUGGCCGAUUUCAAUUAAGAAUACAAACAACAAUGUAUGAUGAUCAUUGGAUAACAAACAUUUGAAGAUUGCAUAUAUGAGGAGUCGUUAUUGCAUUUGAUUUUUCUAUUAAACUGAUUUUAAGCAUACAAGUUCUCUUUCACUUGUGAUUAAAAAUAUUGAAUUACGAACAUACAAGAGUAAUUUAUUUAUAAUCUUUUAUAAGUGUACAGAUGGCCUGUAAAUGUAUGCAUCAAACAUAUAAGCAUACAUAUAGUGUUCUUUAAUUCACCGACAAGCUGUCCCUCUGUCAAGACAACCCGUUGGGACGGCAAUAUUUACUGUGACAAUGAUCAAAGAGAAGAGAACAAUUAGCCUCAAUCCUAAAACUAAUAAUGCAUUUGGUCCAAGCGACACAAUUUAUACAAAUUGGUUAAGUCAAAUGCAAUUCCUGAAGGAAAACGGCUUUUGUCACAUACACAAACAUAGUAGCGUCCUAGACUUCAGAGAGGUGGUUGCCAAAUUUUACCGUUCGGGAGUUGACUCCGGAAUGGCUGUUAAUUCACAGCUGAAUUGUAAUAUCAUUGCUGAACAUAGCAUUUAUUAACAACUGUGUAUUAACUUUUAUUGAAAACAUCAUUUCUGGACAUAGGAUUUAUUCACAAUAUUGUAAUUGAAUCCAUUAUACUAAAUACUGCAGCUUUAGAAGACAAUUUUCUUAUCACAGAGACGGACUCUAAUUCAGUGAGUUAGUAACAGUGCAUUUCUUUAUUUCAUUUAUUGAAAAAAUAGAGCAGUGAUAUUAUUUUUGUUAGAAUCAUUUUGUGCCUUUAGGUUUCAGGUGCGUGAUUGACACAGAAUGUGCAAAAGUUCGCGGUCUAUAUUAUUUUUGGCUGUUUUAUUAUCUAGAGAAUAAACCGAAAGUCAGAAUUUCCCGAAAAUACCUAAUAUAUAAAUGGCAUAACCUUUUAUAUUAAUAUGUAUAUGAUUUAAGUUGUUAUCAAUUGGUAAUCAACGAAGCCUGAUUUUAGUAGCAAUAGCAAACACAGUGAUUUUUCUUUUGAUUUGUUUAUUUAUCUUUUUUAUGUUGUAAUGUAUUUUACUGUCAGAAUUUGCAAACGUGUUUUGACCCUUCUUAUAUUUAAAAAAAAAUGUAUUAUGAUCUUUAAAAAUGUUUAAUGAAUAUUUCCGAGUUGCCUGAGGAAAUUACAAUCAAAUGUAAUAAAACUUUCAUGGAAACAUCUGAAUAUGAGUUUGAAUGAUCUUUCUAGUAAUUGUUAGAAAGGUUCAAUUAUUCGAUGUCAUUUUUGCAAAUAACUAGUUUACCUAUGACUACUCGUUAAAAUAAGAUAAAAUUUGUGAAAUUUUAGUAAUUGUGAAUGGGGGAAUGGUGUAAUAACCGUCCAAUGGGUAAGAUGGAAUUAACAGUUAUAAUAAUAUCUAGAAGUCGCGUUUAACGUCGCAUUAUUAGAUUCGUCCCAACAUAUUAUUUUUUGAUAUACAUGUAUAUUAAUGUAUUUUUGGAAUUAUUUUAUUUUUAUUAUUUAGGUGAUUUAUGAAACGAAGGGCUCGUCAUUAUUCCAAUAACCAAUCGUUUAAAUGAUAUCAAGUAUGAUUUACAAAUACUAAUGGAAAAGGUUAUCAUCUUGUUUUUUGUUUUAUUUAUUACUUAUUUAUUUAAUAACUGUUUUAUUUGAGUAAUUUCUGAUGGGUAAAGAUAUCUUAUGGUUAAAAUAAAAUGGCUCUUGUAUACUUUACGUUUUAACGAUGACUAACAUGUACUUUCAUAACUUUUUUUAUAGGAUUGAUAUCAAAUAUGAUUUUUGAUAAGAGAAAAAAAAAUCAAAAUGAAAUGUACAAGAUGUGUUUUGUUUUAUCUAAAUAGCUUUUACUGUAUGGAUAUGAUAUUAGUUAUAUUUGUAUUAAUAUAUUUACAAUUCUUAAUGCAAUUUGAAACAGCAAAAUUGUUUAUUGUGUAGCCUCUAAAGUUCGAUUUGGGUGGUAAAAUACACAUUCAUUCUGAGAUAAGAUUGAUUUUAAUGUCCAUAACGUUGUAAAUGGCACUCUGAAGUAUAUCUAUUCAGCGAAAUAAAUGAUAAAAUGACGAUCUAAGAUUAAGACGAACGGAUUUUGGUACAUUCUAUUACGCGUUGCCUGUGUCAGGACGUCAAUGACGAAUAAAUUGUUUUCCUGUCUUCGAUAUUUGCUUCAAAGCUAUUCAUGGUGUUUUUUUAAGCGAAAAACAAAACGAGACAUUGACAAUUACAGAAAUGGCGUCAUAACCAAAUAACUAUAUUUCGGCCUUGGUGUAAUGAACACAAGAUUCACUUUUGUCGGUUCAAAUACUUAACACGCAUUGCAUUUAAAAUGGAUUUAUAUAUUUAUGACAGAAUACAUAGAAUGGAAUGCAUGUGUUAUGCAUUGUAUCAUGUAGAUUAUAAGGACUACGGUAUGUCCUCUAAAUAGCUAGUGUUGCAUGUUCUUGGACUUUCUGUUUUCUGAGUCUCGUUCUUUGUAUCUUUAAAAUGAAUUUUGUACGAUGUGUUGAUAUACAACAUAUUAUUUUAAAUUUUGUACUUAACAUUUUGUUGACCAUUUUAUUCCCAUAUAAUGUUGAAAACAUAAAUAAAAUAAAACCAGCAUAACCAA